AUGGCGAGCCAGGGCGCGUCCUUGCAGAACUACAACAAUGAGCUGGUGAAAUGCAUCGAAGAUCUCAAGGAGAAGAGAGAGGAAGUGAACAGGCAGAUCCUGAAGGACGAGGAGGAGAAGCAGAAGAUCCAAAACGAUCUCCGCAUCCUCACUGAGCGACUUUCACGUAUCAACGACUCGCUGGCAAGGAAGGUGGCUUCUCGCAAUGAGUACGACAAGACUAUCAUGGAGACAGAGGCUGCGUACAUGAAGAUUCUUGAGAGCUCUCAGACGCUCCUCCACGUUCUCAAGAGGGAGAGCGUCAGCCUGACAAAGAAGAAGCAAAGUUCCACAGGGUGA